AUGGCUGAGACAGAGUCAGUAUCCGCUCUAGCUGCCGGAAAUGUGUGCGCCUCUAUGGUCCAAAAGGCUCUUUCGCGUUGCGUUUCUGACGACUUCCGGCGGCUCCUCUCGCGGGGAUUGGCUGUUGGCGGCGUUGCUGCUAAGCUCGUGUGCGGCGGCGGUGUCGGCAGCGGCUGCAGCGAGAGAGUUUGGCGCGAUGAUCUUGGUUUUUCUCCUCUCUUAGGUGUUUGUAAAAUGUAUGAAGAACAUCUGAAGAGAAUGAAUCCCAACAGCCCCUCUAUCACAUAUGAUAUCAGUCAGUUGUUUGAUUUUAUUGACGAUCUGGCAGACCUCAGCUGCCUUGUUUACCGAGCUGAUACCCAGACAUACCAGCCCUAUAACAAAGACUGGAUUAAAGAGAAGAUCUACGUGCUCCUUCGUCGGCAGGCCCAACAGGCUGGGAAAUAGCUGAGUUAGAAGCAGUGGGGGCUGGGGGUGGGCUUGGAACACAGGUGUGUACAGCGUGCUGCAGUGGCGGCUCUGUAUUAUAGUAAUCCUGUCUCCAUCUUGGUGUACUCUAGCCAGGAUGGAAGGUAUUAGAUGAAAUGUGAGGAUCUUGUUCAAUCUGAAACCCCCAUUGCCCCCUUCCCCUCCCUUUUUUUUUUUUACUUAAACAUUUUUAUGAUAAUUUAGAUGGAACUUGUUUGUCAGUUAAUCUUGGUUCCAGUCCUUCAAACUGUUCAUAUCUACUUUAUAACAUUCGCUGUACUAACCCUUCAGGUUGGGGUGGGGGGGUAGUGACAGUUUAGUUACAUGCUCAAGAUAAAGUCUUAGUGAAAAAUGAAUAAAUGUUCUUUAGUUAUAUUUUCCCCUUGAGUGAUUUUUUUUCCUUGGUCUCCGAACAUUGAAGUUUCUUACAAAGCAUUAUCAGUUUCAAAACCUGUAGGCUGCCACACAAAGAAGUUGAAGAAAG